GUCACGAAUUUGCACGAUCGAAUCAAAGCGGGAACAAAAAUUCGUAGUGUAUAAUAGCAGCAUAACAGAGGAUUCAAGAACCAGAUAAAUGCAUUGUUAAAUACCCUUCAAAAUACAAAGAACGUCUGCAAGCCUCGUCGAAAAUUGGUGAAUUGGUUAUACUCUAUUCUCGAAACCCCGUUGCGUUGCUGAAAUUACCGACACAUAGUCACCACAACCAACACCAUUAUCGUUAGAAAGUCGAUCUUACCAAGAAGAUAGAGGUGAUAUCUCCUUGAUCAAACACCAUAUCACCCCAAACAUAAUGUCCGGCAGUAGUCAUCUUGGAAUUGACGACCCAGUCUGCCCUGCUAGGGGAAGAAUAAAUGAUAUUAUUGCUUCUCGAGGCGAGGAUACAGAGAGAGCUUAUGACGCAUGGGCACAAUAUUUUGACGAGGACAUGACUACCCUAGGUUAUGGAGGAUACGAUGUAAUGGGGAAAAACCUCAUUAAGUUUGUAACAAACAAGAAUGCUAAGAUCUUGGAUGUCGGAUGUGGUACCGGCCUUUUUGGCGAAAAGCUUAGGUCUUUGGGAUACAUGAACAUAUUUGGCGUGGACGCAAGUGAUUCUUUCUUAGAGAAAAGUCGUGAGAAAGGGGUAUAUCUGGAACUUGAAAAGCAUAGAUUCGGCAAUGGUCUCAAGCUACCCUACAGUGACAACUCAUUUGAUGUCAUCAUGGCGAUAUCUAUACUUGGUCCUAAUACCAUCAGCCCCACUGCACUAUACGAGCUAGACGGACUUUUGUCACCAGGUGGAUACUUGAUGAUAUUCAUCCGCCGAUCUCGACUCGACAUGGAACGAGAAAACUUUAACGUUAAAGCUGUUUUAGACGACUUGUUAUCCAGUGGACGGUGGGAGCGUCUGCCGGACAGCAGUGGACUCUACUACACUCAACCGAACGGCGUGCCAGUGGCAGUGGGUGACGAGGCCGUUGAGAGUGAUGGCGUUGUCGUUACCAUGAAGAAACUGUUAAAACAUUGACAUUGAUUGAUUAAUUGGCCCAUGUGACAUUGUAUUCACAUCCAGAUUAAAAUUUAAUUCGUGACAUAAUUAUUGACUGGCCUGGAAGGGAACAUCAAAUACAUUGCCCGAAAAAGAAUCAUAUUGGCCCAAGUCUUUAGACGACGGCAAUGGGGUUCCCCGAUAUUCCCCGAAAGAAGAGCCAGUCAAUAUUUUCAUUAUCAUAUUUUAAUUACCAAAUCAGAUAUCUAGAGAAAAAUCAUUAAAAUAGAGAUAUUUCUUUUAAGAAUAGAGUUCUAUUGUAUCAGGUUUGUCAAAAAUACAAAUAUCCCUUCCCGACAUUAAAUCUAGGACAAUACGGUUUUGUAAAUGACCAGCUCUGGGGAGCGUUUCAUGAAAGGAUUUGUAGGACAUUUUAUCCGACAAGUCCUGUUUUAUCCUACAGUUACCAUUAGCAACAGCGCCUCUCAGCCAAUCAAAUGAAAGAUGUCAGAUCUGACAACUUGUCAGAAUUUUUUUUUUGAUGAAACAAUAACUUCAUAUUUUGUGUAUUUUAACAAUUCGACCCUCAAUGUACAUGUGUAAUCAUAUUUUAUUCAAAUGUUACGUUCAUGUAAAUCAUCUUCCUUUUGGGAUGCCAUGUGAUGUUUAUUAAAUAAAUACAUUUCAUCAA